CCCCCGUUUGAGAAAAUCGCAGCCAACAGACGCCUUCGUCGGCAUUGGCAAAAGCACGGUGUGCUUGAGGAAGCCACGGAGGAACUCUGGUGUGCCGCCGGGUUCACGUACUCCACCGAGCUCGCCGCCGAAGCGCAUCAGGCCAAGCCGAAGAAGACCUUCGACGAAAUGGUUCCCGAGGAAUAUCGGCAGUAUGCCAAGGUGUUUUCAGAACCGGAUUCGGAGCGUCUACCCGAGCAUAAGCCAUAUGAUCAUACCAUCGAUCUAAAGCCCGACGCCCCCGAGACUAUCCGCUCCAAAGUGUACCCGAUGCCGGUAAACGAGCAAGCCGAGCUCGACGCCUUCCUCGAUGAGAACCUUCGCAAGGGCUACAUCGUCCCCUCUAAGUCCCCCAUGGCUUCACCGGUCUUCUUUGUCAAAAAGAAGGACGGGAAACUCCGCAUGGUCCAAGACUACCGAAAGCUGAAUGACAUCACCGUCAAAAACCGGUACCCACUCCCCCUCGCAUCCGACAUCAUCAAUCGCCUUCACCAAUCUAAGUACUUCACCAAAUUCGAUGUUCGUUGGGGCUACAACAACAUCCGGAUCAAGGAAGGCGAUGAGUGGAAAGCAGCUUUCACGACCAAUAGGGGUCUGUUUGAACCACGGGUCAUGUUCUUCGGUCUCACCAACUCCCCGGCCACCUUCCAAGCACUGAUGAACUCCAUCUUCGGUGACCUGAUAGCCGCUGGGAAGGUAGCAGUGUACCUGGACGACAUCCUCAUCUUCAGUGACACGCGGGAAGAGCACCGCAGGGUCACACACAAAGUACUGCGUCGGCUCCAGGAACACGACCUGUUCCUACGACCCGAAAAGUGCGAAUUUGAGCAGACCGAGAUCGAGUACCUGGGCUUGGUGAUCCGACAGGGCGAAGUCAGCAUGGACCCCAUCAAAGUCCAGGCCGUACGCGAUUGGCCGACCCCACGGAACCUACGGGAGGUCCGCGGAUUCAUCGGGUUUGCCAACUUCUACCGUCGCUUCAUCAAGGACUUCGCUAAGAUCACACGACCGCUCCACGACCUCACCAAGAAGGACGUCGCCUGGGAAUGGGGACUGCGGCAGCGAACGGCGUUUGACACCCUCAAAGAAGCCUUCACCACGGAGCCGGUGCUGGUGACCUGGGAACCAGACCGCCCUACGCGAGUCGAGGUAGACGCCUCGGGGUACGCCACCGGAGGGGUCCUUCUGCAGAAGCUCGAGGACGGACUCUGGCACCCAGUCGCAUUCCGGUCGGAAUCCAUGACGGAGGCUGAGCGAAACUACGAGAUCUACGACCGAGAACUGCUGGCCAUCGUGAGAGGACUGGAGGACUGGCGGCACUUCCUCGAGGGGCUGCCCGAACCCUUCGAGAUCAUCACCGAUCACCGCAACCUUGAAUACUGGCGCACCACCCAGAACCUCACCCGGAGACAGGCACGCUGGGCUCUUUGGCUGUCACGCUUUGAUUUCCGACUCACACAUAAGCCGGGAACUGCCAAUACCCAGGCCGACCCCCUCUCACGCAUCUCGGAGUUUCAAGUCACCGACGCCGAGGACAAUCAGGAUCAGAUUGUCCUUCGGCCCGAACGCUUUGCCACCAUCGCGGCGUCAGCACUACGCGCGGUUAACCCGCUGGAGGAACGGAUCAGGGAGAGUAGCAGGCGGGAGGCGGAAGUCCUCAAGGGUUUGGAAGCCCUUCGGGAGGACGGGCCGCGAAGGUUGACGGAUGGGACGUGGGAAUGGGAAGAGGAGGGAGGGCUGGUGUACUACCGUGGACGGUUGUACAUCCUGCCCGAGGAAGGAUUACGGGAGGCCAUCGUCCGGCAGUGCCACGAUGCGCCAACGGCAGGACACCCAGGAAAGCAUGGGACGGUCGAACUAGUCACACGGCUGUACUGGUGGCCGGGGAUCAGCGGGUUUGUCGAGAAGUACGUCCUGGGUUGCGACAAAUGCCAACGCUACAAGGCGGCCGCGCACCCCCGGGCUACACUUCAACCGCACGAGGUACCUGAAGGCCCUUGGGUAGUCAUGGGAGUAGAUCUGAUUACCGGACUGCCCUCGUCAAAAGGGUACAACGCCAUCGCCACAUACGUCGACCUUUACAGUAAGCAGGUCCACCUGGUAGCCACCACCGACACCGUCACCGCCGAGGGGAUAGGCGAACUGCACUAUCAGACCAUCUUCCGGCUUCACGGCAUUCCCCAGAAAAUCGUGUGGGAUAGGGGACCCCAGUUUGCCGCCCGUGUCACUAGGGCCCUGUACAAGCGCCUUGGUAUCGAAAGCGGUCUCACCACGGCGUAUCACCCCAUGGCAAACGGACAGACGGAGCGAGCCAAUCAGGAGGUAGAACAGUACCUUCGGAUCUACUGCGACAAGCGACAGGACGACUGGGCGGACCUUCUCCCCACGGCGGAGUUUGUGCUCAACUCUCGGGUACAGACAGCUCAUGGACAAACUCCGUUCGAAGUCCUGUAUGGCUACCGCCUGGACUUCACCAUCCCGGCAGGACGUCCCACGCAGAUCCCAUCUCUAGAC